GUGGGGCAAUAAAAGGGUCAGCAGAGGAUCAGUUUCACAACUGAACAGCUGUCAGUUGACCGAAAGACUUCAUUUUUCGUUCGUCCAGAAUCUCUUGAUCUGUUCUUCCGAGGGAAAUCCCUCACAGGAGUCCGUAUUCUCCCAUUUGGGACACUGUUCAUCCUCCGUCCAGGAGAAGACAAGCAAAAAGGAGAGUCUCCAUCAAAAGGCCAUGGACAACACAACUCAGCUUACCCCUCAUGGGGUUGCUUACCCUGGUUCCAGUGUCACCACAGCCGUCUAUUAUGACUAUUAUUAUGAUGAUGAUGAAACGAUUCUCUUCCAACAAACUUUGCGGAAAAGGCUGAACAUCCUGUCUAUAGUCAUCUAUAGCAUUGCCUUUGUUCUGGGGGUCAUUGGAAACGGGCUGGUCAUUUUCAUCACCGGCUUCCGUAUGAAGAAGACGGUCAACACCAUCUGGUUCCUCAACUUGGCCAUUGCCGACUUCACCUUCACCUUCUUCCUGCCCCUGAGCAUUGCCUACCUAGCCCUGGACUUUCACUGGCCCUUUGGGGAGGCCAUGUGCAAGUUCAACAGCAGCUUGGCCUUCGUCAACCUUUAUGCCAGCGUCUACCUCCUCAUGGUGAUCAGCAUUGACCGCUGUAUUUCCGUGUUAUGCCCUGUGUGGGCUCAAAAUCACCGGAACCCCCGAUGUGCUUCCUUCGUGGCUCUCGGGGUCUGGAUUUUGGCCCUCGUGUUGAGUUCACCGAACAUCCAUUUCAGGAAGACCCUCCAGAGGGAGGAUGGGAUCUACUGCUAUAGCAACUAUAGCCAUGAUGCCCAAAAGGCAAAAGUCACCCACCGUGCCAUGAUUAUCAGCCGUUUCAUCUUUGCCUUUGUGAUCCCCUUUCAAGUCAUCCUUAUUUGCUACGGGGCGAUUGUUCUGCGGCUGAGGAGGGACCGCUUGGCCCGGUCGAGCAAGCCCUUCAAGGUCAUCACUGCAGUGAUUGUGGCCUUUUUCGUCUGCUGGCUCCCCUAUCAUGUUUUCUCUUUCCUGGAGAUUCAAGUCUACAAGGACCCCACCCUGCAUCUGGCACUCAUUAUUGGCAUUCCUCUGACAUCCAGCCUGGCCUUCAUCAACAGCUGCCUGAACCCCAUCUUGUAUGUCUUCAUGGGUCAUGAUUUCAAGGAAAGACUGAGACGCUCCAUCCUCUCGGUAUUUGAGAACGCCUUCGCUGAGGAGGAAAGCCAGAGUACAACACAAACUAGGACCAAAUCCUCAGUGGACCUGGACCCUCAGGGCUUAUAAAUGCUGCUGAUCCUGGUUUCUAAAAUUUCCCGCUUUCCCUGCAAGACCAUUUGAUGUCUCUGUUCAUAAUUCCACACAGAACCUGCUCUGUACUGUCUGUAGGACUACGAAUUCUCUCACUACACAAGGAAGCUCAGGGGUGGAAUUCUAGCAGUAGCUCCUUCGCAUAUUAGGCCACAUCCCCUGAGGUAGACAAUCCUUUAAGAGCUUACAAGGCUCUUUUUUGUAAGCUCUUGGAGGAUUGGCUACAUCAGGGAGUGUGGCUUAAUAUGCAAAGGAGCUCCUGCUAGAAUUCCACCCGUGGGGAAUCUCCUCACUGACCUUCUCCAUUGCCCACCUGUGCCUUGAGUGGCAGCAAGAAGAAAAUAAUAAGAUCACUGCUGGCUUCCAUGCUGGUACAUCAGCUCUGGGUACAAGCUGGAAGUGGCAGUGGGUAGGUCCAGGAAUGGAUGGAAACUCUAUAGUAAAAUCGUAGACUUUCUGUCAAUUCCUAGAAUUAUCUAGGAAUAUGUGGUUGUACCCAGAGGUGACAAUGGGUUACAGAAAUUCCAUGGUUUCUUAAUCAAUCGCUCCUGCUCUAUGAUCAAGAAACAGGAUCCAAGAUGGGUCUGAGCAGACAUAUAUUAUUUUGCAUCAGGGUGUUUAGUUCUAAUUUUCCCCCUUAUAUCUUAUUUUUCCCCUUAUCAAUUUUGUAGCGGCCUAAAUUGUGUAGAUGAUUGGGGAAGGCAAUGGCAAGCCACACUGUAAAAAGUCGGCCAAUAAAACAUCGUGAUGCAACAUCA